AUGCCGCGUAUUACAAGAGCUGCUUUGAAGGCUCAAGCCCAAGAUCAGGGCCAGGAUGACCUUGACGUUCUUCAGCAUUUCAUCCACGAGGAUUCUGAUGCCGACCCCGAAAUUCCAACCCUGCAAGUGCAAGGUCCCGAAACAUCCCUGAACACGAACCAGGAUCUCUCGACGGAAAGUCGUGCGGCACUUGCAGACAUCACCCUGGAAAAUCAAUCUACCUCCGACGAUGUCUUUACAGAUGAUAACGUCGCGCCUGUAAAGAAAGCUAAGAGCAAGAGAAAGGGAAAGCAACAGAAGGAAAAGACUGAACCUGUCGCUGAGGACCAGAAAACCACUGAGAACAACGCCGCCCCCAUCGUGGAAGAAAAACCACAACUUUCUGAACCCAACAAUCCCUCCUUGACAACUGAGAGCGACAUCACGAAUGACCCAGUGCUUCAGACAGAAAGCAACCUAGAACGAUCCUACACCGAACCACUUGAUACACCACCACCAGCCGCCUCAUCACUCCAAGCAACUACCCCCCUGAAGUCUCAGCUCAUCAGUGGCGCACCCAAAACACCCAAAUUCAACCCAGCUAUUCACGUACCUGAGCCUUCUUCCACGACAUCAGUUAUAGACACAGUCGAAGACUCAUUCAUUGCCAAGAUCAAGACCCGAUCCCCAUCCAAAAUGCAAUCCUACUCGGAUGGAAGCAAAUCUCCCGAUUCAUACAAUGAGCAAAACAUAUCCCGAACUCCACGUAUUGAAGACUCGGUUGAAGCUAUUGAUGCGUUGGAAGAUGCGAUUGAACGGAUCUCCCAAGGUCUACCAAGUCUGGAUGGUAUCAAUAUCAACUCCCCUGUCAAGUCGGCCAAGAAGAACCCAGCACGGGCAAAACUUGAGCCUGUUGCCCGAGCACCUAACACGUUGAGAAAGUCGGAACGAACGCCUGCAAAAAUCCAGGGAUCAACUAACACAAGAGCUACUCCUCGUCCUCGUCCUACUAGUCUUGUUGCCCCAACCAACAGACCGACAUCAAAAGCUCCUACCACGUUUGCAGUUGCAAAACAACAGAAGAAGUCCAUUAUCGAUGGUUCCAAGGUCAAAGAAGUCGUCUUGCCUCAACCACCAUCACUCUCGUUCUCGAACUCACCAGCCAAGACCCAGCCUAAUACAACCAAGAAGAGAGUCCCUAGUGCAUCGCUUUCCACCAGUAAGCCAGGGUUUGUUCCCACAAAGUCGUCCAAGGCUCCUACGAAACCCACCUUCUCUCUUCCCGGAGAGGUUAUCUCCGCGAAACUAAAGGCUCAACGAGAGGAGCGGUUGAAACAGGAGGCAGAAGCCGAGCAAGCAAAGAAGAAUUUCAAGGCACGACCUGUGCCUAUGAAAAUAUCUGAACCAAGUGUGAAACCCCGGGAAAACAAAUCGAGCCAGGCGAGGUUGAGUAUUUAUGCUGGGGGAGUCAACAAGGAAAAUAACAAGGAAAAUAUUGAGCCUCCAAAAGUGCUUGCGCGCAAGCCACGUCCGGUGUCUAUGAUUGAGAAGCCAAAGACGGACACUACGAGAGCCAAUUCGGGCGUUCGGAGAACAACCAGUGUUAUUGCGAAACCUACCACUUCCAAGGUCCGAGUGUCAUCGGUACAAUUAUCGGCUGGACAAAAAUUGAAUGUGUCAAAGGAUGAAGCGGUGCAGCAGAAAGCCAAGGGCAAGGAAGUCUUUGGGCGGAACAAGGCUGAAAUUGAGAGAUUGGAGAAUGAGAGAAGGGAGAAAGAGGAAGCGGCUCGUAAGGCUCGGGCUGAUGCUGCAGAGCGAGGACGACAAGCCAGUCGUGAAUGGGCUGAGAAGCAGAAGAGGAAGUUGGCAUCGCAAAACGCUGCAAGAGUGAAUGCGGGCCAACCCAGUCGAGGCACCUCUACUGCUGUUGCCGCCACCUCUUGA